CAUCACAAUGGGACUUCAAACGCAUGCAACUAUAGCGCGGGUUGUUGACACUUAACACUUUCAAUUGUGUAAGAACUUUAAGUGAUAAGCAGAAGCAAAGAUAUUGUUUUUAAUAUUCAGGAGAACGUAAAAGGUACUGAUAAAAUCGAAAAGGUCCGUCAGGGGACUGGUUGAAUCGUUUUUUGACUAAAUUAAACUGGCUGGGACAUCACGAUUUGACAACACUCUCAAGUAUCACAAUUUUAUUUAUUAGUGAAACCAUCGAACAAACACUACAACAAAAAUGCAAGUUAUUAGUAAGCCAUCGAGUUCGACCCUACCAUGUCGAAAAACUAUCGUGAAAGACGAUCGGGCUACAAAGAGGAAGACACUUCAUACCUUUAUAAGAAAGAUCAUCCAAGGACCAUUGUGGACAGGCGAUCAGGAUCAACCUACUACUGAACAGCACAUUUCAGAUGAUAACAUAAAGCAGUCGCCUCAGAUUGUAGCUGAUUCGACAGACUGUGCAGCGACGACGUGUUCCGGAUUGACCGACUUUACAGUAGUGAAGAAAAGGGUCGAUCGCAUCCCGGCACGGAUGUCGCAACUUUCGCUCAACAAUCUUACAGAAUUAGCUAUUCCUGUGCAGUACAACAGUAAAAUGGCGCGAUCCUUCGCCAACGCACAGAACCGCAGUCCCAAAAAGCAACUGAUUCGCCAGCGGAACACCAUAGCGGCCCGAGAAAGUCGAGCAAAGCUACGAUUGAUGCACAAAAUGCUGAACAAAGAGGCUGAAGAUGCACAAAACUUGAAUCGGUAUCUUAAAAUACAACUCUCGGCUGCUUUUUCGCACGCAGGCUUGCUAGUGGAGAAACUGAACUUGCCACAGAUUAAUUUCCUGCAACUGUGGGACAGGGCUCUGGAAGAGUAUGCGUCCCAUAGUGGAAAUAAAGAGAACAUUCCAGAUGAGAAAAUCAAUUUAGAUGACGAAUGAAGACCGAAAGACAGUAAGUGUAGUAAAUAUUCUAGUUGAUCAUCGCUAGUCUGUAUGAAAUGUAAGUUGAUAUAACGUAACAAUUGUAAAUAAAUAUGUUUUUUAA